AUGAGUCGCCAACGAGCUCGUCCCCUCCCCCUGGACCACGCCAAGGCCGUCGCAGACAACGCGGACCGCAUCCCCCAGGUUGCCGUGCUCGGCGCGCUCCGCGUCGAGAACCUCCCUCAGCCGGGCAAGUUCGUCUGCAAGGCCCAUCCAGAAAAACCUGCCAAAUCAGAAACCAUCACAACACCACAAAGGCAAAGAAACAAGAAGAGCCUUACCCUCGGACCGAGCCUUCAGCUCACGCUCCCGGUCGAGCCCCUGGGCCACGGCGGUCUGAAGCCCUUGCACUUGCACAUGGAGUUGACUGACCUCCGCCCCGAGCUCGGCCACCAUCUUCUCAACCUCGUCCUUCUGCGCUCGACGACAAGGGUAGAGGCCACUCCGACCGCCCCCGGUGCCGCCGUCCCCGACGCUGCCGCCGGGGCAGGCACCGCCGUCCCCGAUGCUGCUGGCCUCGUCGACGGCCCCGGCGCGUGCGCCGCCGUCCUUGUCGCAGUUGCCGCGGAUGUCGUCGACGCCGACGCACGUCCCAAUCCGUCCGCCGCCGCCACCAUCUCCGUCGCAGCUACCGGAGCGGGCGUUCCCGUUCCCGCCGCCGUCGCGGCCUUUGUCGUGACCACCGAGGCAGGCGUCCCCACCCCCGUCAUGGUCGUCAAAGCAGGCACCCCCACCUCCGCCGCCACCGCUGCCUUCGCCACAGCCGCCGGGGCGGGCUUCCUCGCCUCCCCUGCCACCGCUGUCCCCAUCGUGGCCGCGGGGGCGGACUCUCUCUCCUUCGUCGCCAUCGCCGUCCCCGUCGCGAUCGCUGGGGCAACUGCCCCCGUCUCCACCACCACCGUGAGAGCCGCACACUCCUCCUCCGCCUCGUCGUCGAGGUCUAUCACCUCCCCGGUCGGAGGGCCCCCAGGGGCAAUGCCAUGUCCCACAGGGUCGGCCGAGGAGGCAGAGGGUGGAGCAGGGGUCAGACCCUGCCCCGUGCCCGGCUGCGGCACCACUCCACCGGUUGCCGCCGCAAGAGCCACCUCCGCGGUAGGUUUUGCGGUCUCCCCGGCGACACCGCCGCUUGCUGCCGGCGGGGUCGUGGUCUGCCCUGCGGAGGUGGACGACACCCGUAGCGCCUUCUUCGGCGCAAGCGACGGGAUGAGGCCUCGAGGGGUGGCGCUGUGA